CUGUAAAAGAAAUUGUCUCCAGCGCUCCUGGUUGCAAGAAACCCACAGCCACCAUCAAACGUGAGCUGAGGAUACGUGAUGCAGUAAUUUGCGCCUCAGUCGGCGGCUCGGAGCGACCCGGUUCCUCGCCCUAGGGCUGUUGACUCUGCAACUGAAUGGCACAAUGUAAACGCCAGCGCUGUUAGCCGGUCAGUGCAGAUCGGAGCGCAGCACAGGGCCCUGGGGAGCUACUGUGAAGACAAGCGUCGUGAACGACUCACUCAUGGGAAGAGUGAGACCUUGUCCCUGCUUCCCUCUGCCCCAGACUCCGCUCCAGCGCGCGGUCCCUACCCGCGCGGAGUCCCUCUACGGCUGCAGGCUGGGCCGACGCUGCCGGCUCCGCUUAGCUGCGGCACGUCCCAAGCACCUGCACAAAGACGCAGUCGGGGACAUAAACGCUCCGCGCGCCCCCAAGCCGCGGAAAGCCCGGCCCAGGGAGCUGGGCGGAGGCUCCAGCCGAGGCGGCACAGAGCGCUCAAGGGCAGGGGAGCCAAAGAGGGGAUUCGGAGACAUUUGCCAAGCACGUGGGCGGGCUGUCGGGGAUCUCCCUGAUGUCGGAGGCCCCGCUCUCUAUAGCUACUCCCAGUGGCUUGUCUGGCCCGCGGUUCCGGUUGCCUCACUAGCCUGGGAGGACCAAAUACUCGCGCAGGCCCUGUAGCGGGAGACGAAGCGAGCUGAUCUCCUCAGAGUCGAGAAGCGGCGACCGCAUACGAGAGCACAGCCCCGCCCGGAACAGCCUCACCUACGGUGCCGCCGGCGACUUCAUUCCACCCCGGAGCUCAUUUACAUGGACACAGGCGGAGUGCCCCCUCAGCACCUAAUUGGUUCCCAGGUGUGUAGGCACCACGCCCCUCCCCGUGGACACGCCCCCACAGGGUCAAAGUUACUGAUCCCAUGGCAACUGAUGUUUCUAAUAGUCCAAGUCUGUGACUUUGCCCAUUCAGUUCUGGCAAGUGGAAUGAACUUAGGAUGUCAGCCAAGACUUUUUGGGGGAUUCUUGCUCUGCUCCGAAUUUUCUGGUGUCUUCUUCCUCAGACAGGUUACCUUCAUCCUGAUGAAUUCUUCCAAUCACCUGAGGUCAUGGCAGGAGAUAUUUUAGACCUACAAGUCUAUUAUCCCUGGGAAUUCCUUUCCAGUUCUCCAUGUAGAACAGUUGUGUUCCCAUUAAUUACAUCUGGCAUUACCUACUGGAUGAUCAAGUCUUUGCAACGGCUGGGCAUGUGGUCAAAUGGCAUCAACAGCUACACCCUUCUUGUGUCACCUCGCCUUCUCCUCACCACCUUUUCUUUCAUACUUGACUAUAGCGUGUAUCGGCUAGCUCCUUUCUGGGGUGCGGAUCGGUGGAACGCCCUGGUUCUGCUUGCUGGGUCCUAUGUCACACUAGUAUUUUACACGAGAACAUUUACUAACACACUUGAAGGACUUCUGUUUGCCCUGCUGAUGGUACUAGUAUCUCCAAAAGCAGUUGGUUAUGGAACAGACAUCAGCCAGGCGAAACCUACCAGUAGCAGUCUCAUAGGGAUUAUAACAGUUGCUGGGUUUUUCAACAGGCCAACUUUUCUGGCAUUUGCUUUAAUGCCACUGCUUUACUGGGCAGUUUUAAAUGCCACUUCUCAGCACAGCAUUAAAACUAUUGCAAACCACCUCUUGAAGCUUGUUUCAAGCACAGCUUUCACUGCCAUCAUCUUCACAGCAGCUGACACAUUAUAUUUUACCUCCAUUGGAUCAGAGAUUAGCCUCUACAGCAUUAAAAAGAAUGGCCUGUUAAGCACCAUAGCUCAAAUCAAUCAGAAUGUAAUAGUGACCCCUUUUAAUUUUCUCCGCUAUAAUCUUAAUCCCCAUAAUCUUGCACAGCAUGGGAUUCACCCAAGAUUAACUCAUUUUGCAGUCAAUGGGAUAAUGCUCUUUGGGAUCCUGCACAUUCUGGCUAUCAGUGUUGGUUUGAAAAUGCUGAAAAUAAACAUCCAUCAAUUAUCAUGGAUCAGACUACAUAAUCAUAGGCCACCUACAAUGUUGGUGCUUGCCAAGGGCAAUCCAACAUUAUUAUUAUUCUAUUUUGUUCCUUUGGCAUUCCUUUCCCUAUUCAACCACCAAGAACCUCGAUUCCUCAUUCCUCUUAUUUUACCACUAGUCCUAUUGAUCACACCGCAGAAUAGAACCCUGAAGUGGAAACCCAUCAUUAUUAUUUUCAAUGUUCUUGGUGCCCUUUUGUUUGGGUGCUUACACCAGGGAGGGCUGAUCCCAUGCCUGUCUCAUUUAGAACAGCUCAUACAUUCUACAGAGUCCCUGAACCAUCCAGCACACUAUACUCUGCUCUUUGCUCACACCUAUAUGCCUCCCAGGUUUCUGCUCAGUAUCAAUAAGAGAGACCCACUAGUAGAAAUAAUUGAUAUGGCUGGAACUGAACAAAACACCCUCUGCCAAACUCUGGGACAAUUAGCAAACAACAUUGCCUGUGGGACUAGAGAGACUGAUAAAGAAAGAACUUGUCAUUUUUUUGUUAUAACCCCCGGUACAGUCAGAACAACAAUACAAAAAUGUGGGGUUCUGUUCAAGAAUGAGACAUUAAUAUUUCCACACUUGACAAUGGAAGAUCCACCACAAAUAUCCUUUCUAUUCAGUGAAAAAUGGAGAAGUCAGUUAGGACUAUACAUCCUUCAGAUAGACAGAAAUGAACAGAGCAUUUAGUUAUUAGAGGAUUUAUGUUUCACUUUUUAAUUUUAUUUAGUUCUGGUGAAAGUUGCUCGAUCAACAGUCCUGGAGAUUGAUGUUCUCUCCCUUUAUUCACAGACACAAGUACAGCACAAGCAGUGGGAGUGCAAACUUCCCCAUAUUAUCCCCCCAAUUACCCUCAGCAGUGUUCCUCAGCCCUAUUCUGGAUGGAUGCUAUCUAAGUGUGAGGUCGUUCGAUCUCCAGCAUUGUUUUUACACCAGGAUAAUUUUCCUGCUGGGAGAGGACAAAAUCAGAGAAAAAAGGCUGAAGUUCUUUCUCUCCACAAAACUUUCCAGAUGGUUUUGGGUCAGCUCUUCUUGUGUCAAGUAUAUUGUUUUGUUUUGUUUUUUUUCUUUUAUUAUAUCUCUUUAGAUUAUACUUCUUAUUUAUAUGCAUUAAUGCUGCUGUUAAGCAUUCAGGGCCUCCUCCCAGUAGUUACAGUAGGCUCCAGUCAUGAUAUAGAAUUCAUUUUUAUGAGCACCUCUGUUACAGGAUGGUGCAUGAUCAGAUAUAUCCUCUCAAGGGAUUGUAUCAUGUCCUUGAAAAGGGAGUGGGAUUAGUUUCAUUGUCUAGUAACGUCUAAUGUUUUAUCACUAGCAAGUCAGAUCCUAGGAAUGGAAGCCCCAGGUUCAAUCCCCAAACCAGCCACUGCUUAGUCUUACUGUUCAUUUAUCUUUUCCUGCUACAAGGCCAUUUAUUUGUGGAAACAGUAUAUUUUAAAUUGCCUUUCUAUUAGGAGUGGAUCUGAACCUGAACCCAUACAUCCCUGAACUACAGCGAGGGGAAUUGCAGAAGUUGAACCAAGAUCUGGACAGAAAUUUCACAGGUGACCUCCUUUGGAUA